CCUUCUGUAGCUGCAGAAGCAGCCUUCUCAAGAUAACCAUUGACCUUUGAAGUAGAUGCUGAUGCUUCUUUGGGAGUUUUGUGUCUUCUGAUAACGCGGUAGCCUUCCUGGCAAAUUUGUAUUGUGACCUGUGGAAGUGACGGUGAUGUGAGGAUUUGGGAAGACUUGGAUGAUGACGAUCCCAAGUCCAUUAAUGUUGGGGAAAAGGCAUAUUCCUGUGCUUUGAAGGGCCUUUUUGGAAAGAUUUGGAGAGUUAUGUGGCAUUAUCUCCAUUUUAUACUUCAGAAAACCAAAGCUCAGAGACCGAAUUACUGGGCUGAGGGCUGUGGGGGCCAUCGUCUCAGGGAACAUCUAGCUUACUUGGCGUAACAUAGUUUAUAAAGAGAAUUUUCUACAUUCUACUUUGAAUGGAAAAUUGGUCACUGCUGUAUCUAACAAUACUAUUCAAGUCCACACGUUUCCUGAAGGAGUUCCAGAUGGUAUAUUGACUCGCUUUACCACAAAUGCAAACCAUGUGGUCUUUAAUGGGAAUGGUACUAAAAUUGCUGCUGGAUCCAGUGAUUUCAUAGUCAAAGUUGUAGAGGUGAUGGAUAGCAGCCAACAGAAAACAUUUCGAGGACAUGAUGCCCCUGUUUUAAGUCUUUCCUUUGAUCCUAAGGACGUCUUUCUGGCAUCAGCUAGUUGUGAUGGAUCUGUCAGAGUGUGGCAAAUUUCAGACCAGACAUGUGCUAUUAGUUGGCCACUGCUACAAAAAUGCAAUGAUGUGAUAAAUGCAAAAUCAAUCUGCAGACUUGCUUGGCAGCCAAAAAGUGGUAAGUUACUGGCAGUUCCUGUGGAAAAAUCUGUUAAGCUGUAUAGAAGAGAAACUUGGAGUAAUCAGUUUGACCUUUCAGAUAAUUUCAUCUCUCAGACCCUCAAUAUAGUAACGUGGUCUCCUUGUGGGCAGUAUUUAGCUGCAGGGAGUAUUAAUGGCUUGAUUAUAGUUUGGAAUGUGGAAACCAAAGAUUGCCUGGAAAGGGUGAAACACGAGAAAGGUUAUGCAAUUUGUGGCCUGGCCUGGCAUCCUACUUGUGGCCAAAUAGCUUAUACUGAUGCGGAAGGAAACCUAGGACUCCUGGAGAAUGUUUGUGACCCCAGUGGAAAGAAGUCAAGCAGUAAGGUAUCUAGCAGAGUAGAAAAGGAUUACAAUGACCUUUUUGAUGGAGAUGAUGCAAGCAAUGCUGAUGAUAUCCUAAAUGAUAAUGCAGCCAAGACCCCCUCUUUUUCAAAAGGAAUUAUAAAUGAUGGUGAGGAUGACGAUGACCUCAUGCCGGCUUCAAGUCGUCCUAGACAGAGAAGUCACAUCCUAGAAGAUGAUGAAAACUCAGUUGAUAUUACACUGCUAAAAAGUGGUUCUAGUCUUCUCAAAGAAGAGGAAGAUGAUGAUCAGGCAGACAACAUUCACAGUCUACCACUUGUAUCAUCCCAAAGGCCAUUUUAUGAUGGGCCUAUGCCAACUCCCCGACAAAAACCAUUCCAGUCAGGCUCUACACCCUUGCAUCUCACUCACAGGUUCAUGGUAUGGAACUCUAUUGGAAUCAUUCGCUGCUAUAAUGAUGAGCAAGACAAUGCCAUAGAUGUGGAGUUCCACGAUACUUCCAUACACCAUGCAACACACUUAUCAAACACUUUGAAUUAUACAGUAGCAGAUCUUUCCCAUGAAGCUAUUUUGUUGGCAUGUGAAAGCACUGAUGAACUAACAAGCAAGCUUCACUGCCUGCAUUUUAGUUCUUGGGAUUCAAGCAAAGAGUGGAUAGUAGAUAUGCCUCAAAACGAGGAUAUCGAAGCCAUAUGUCUUGGUCAGGGCUGGGCUGCUGCUGCCACUGGGGCCUUGCUCCUCCGACUGUUUACUAUUGGAGGUGUUCAGAAAGAGGUCUUCAGCCUUCCUGGGCCCGUGGUGUCGAUGGCAGGACAUGGAGAACAGCUUUUCAUUGUUUACCACAGAGGCACAGGAUUUGAUGGGGAUCAGUGCCUUGGAGUUCAACUGCUAGAGCUGGGGAGAAAGAAAAAACAAAUUCUGCGUGGUGACCCUCUUCCUCUUACAAGGAAAUCCUACCUUACAUGGGUUGGAUUUUCAGCUGAAGGUACUCCCUGUUAUGUGGAUUCAGAGGGCAUUGUUCGAAUGCUUAACAGGGGACUUGGUAAUACAUGGACUCCUGUGUGUGACACAAGAGAACACUGCAAGGGAAAGUCUGACCACUACUGGGUGGUUGGUGUCCAUGAGAACCCCCAGCAGCUGAGGUGCAUUCCUUGUAAGGGUUCUCGGUUUCCUCCCACGCUUCCAAGACCUGCCGUAGCCAUAUUAGCCUUUAAGCUUCCUUACUGUCAGACUGCAACAGAGAAAGGACAAAUGGAGGAACAGUUUUGGCGCUCCGUUAUAUUUCACAACUACCUUGAUUAUUUAGCUAAAAAUGGUUACGAAUAUGAAGAGAGCACUAAAAAUCAAGCAAUAAGAGAACAACAGGAACUUUUAAUGAAAAUGCUUGCGCUUUCUUGUAAACUGGAGCGGGAAUUUCGAUGUGUAGAACUUGCUGAUCUGAUGACUCAGAAUGCUGUGAAUUUAGCCAUUAAAUAUGCUUCUCGUUCUCGGAAGUUAAUAUUGGCCCAAAGACUUAGUGAACUAGCUAUGGAGAAGGCAGCAGAAUUGGCAGCGACCCAGGAGGAAGAGGAGGAAGAGCAAGAAGAGGAUUUCAGAAAAAAGCUGAAUGCUGGUUACUAUAAUACUCCUUCAGAGUGGAGCCAACCAAGGCUUAGAAAUCAAGUUGAAGAAGAAGCAGAGGACAGCGGAGAAGCUGAUGAAGUAGAAGAAAAACCAGAAAUACAUAAGCAUAGUGAGAUACAUUUUCAAGGACAAAACCCAUUUUCCAAAAGUGCAAAUUCUUCUGAUGUGUCAACUAUCAAGUCAGGUGCAGUUAUCUCUAGCAACCAAGGACGAGCAAAUCCCUUCAAGGUAUCAGCCAAUUCCAAAGAGCCAGCCAUUUCGGUGAAUACAGGACGUUCAACUAAUAUUUUAGAUAAUAUGAAUAAAUUACCGAAGAAAUCCACUGCACUUAAUCGCGCUGCAAGUAAUGACAAGUCUCCAGUUAUAAAGCCUCUAAUUCCAAAGCCAAAGUCUAAGCAGACAUCUGCAGCAUCCUAUUUCCAAAAAAGAACUUCCCAAGCUGAUAAGACUGAUGAAGUCAAAGAAGAAAAUCCUAAAAAUUUAUCAUCUGAAACCCCAGCUUUAUCCCCUCAAAACACUGAGAACCAGAGGCCAAAAACUGGAUUCCAGAUGUGGCUGGAAGAAAAUAGAAGUAAUAUUUUGUCUGACAAUCCUGACUUUUCAGAUGAAGCAGACAUAAUAAAAGAAGGAAUGCUUCGAUUUAGAGCAUUGUCUGCUGAAGAAAGGAAGGCGUGGACUGACAAGGCCAAAGGAGGAGCUGCAAGUGAUGGAGCUGAAGCAAAAAAGCGAAAACGCCCAGUCGAUGAAAAUAAUGAAACAGAAAGAACAGAAAGCCAGAAAGAAAAAGCCAAGGAGAAUCAGAAUUUGCCUAAAAAGCGAAAACCUUUAGAUCUUUCUACAAAUCAGAAGCUGUCUGCUUUUGCUUUUAAGCAGGAAUAAAGGAAAAAGGUGACCUUAGGAAAGUAAGGGGUUUUUUACUCAUCUUUGAUGAAUCUGAAUUUUUUUUUUUUUCCAGGAAACUCAUUAUAUAUAUUUUAAGAGACUUUAAAGAUAAUUGUCUUUAUAAGAUAAUGUAGUAAUUAUAUUUGAGUAGGUGACAGGGUAAAAUCUAUCCUUUGCAGAUUACUCUGUCCCUAAGUGGGCGGCUAUUUGGAAACAUUGUGAUUGUGGUCACUGACUGAAGGUCACUGGCAUGUCCCCAUUGAAGCCAGUUUGAUUUUGAUUUUGUUUCUUAACUUUCAAAUCAUCAAAACCAAGGUCUUAAAACCUCUAUGCAUUGAAGUACCUUCUAGGUACUGGAAAGUACCCCAGUAGUCUUCUUCCUAAGUGUGUUACUAUAGACUGUUCUCUGUCUGUACUAAACCCAUCGGACCAUAUUUCUAUUAUGGGUCCUAAGCAUGUAGAUAAUUUUGUAGGUGAGACUCUUUCUUUUGUAUGUUUUGGAAAUUGCAUCAAAUAUGGUUUCCAGUUAUCUGUUUGUAUAGCCUGAUUUUUAAAAUAAAACUUUAACAUUUACCUACUUGGCUUGUUAUGGUCUUAACAUUGUUAUUUCCAUACCUGACAUGUUUCUAGAAAGUAAAUUUUAUAAUUACUGCCAUAAUUUUCCCCACUAACCCCGCCCUCAUCCUGCUCUGCAGUACGCACACAGAAGAGUAGAGAAGGAAUGGCGAUACGCUUUGACAGUUAUCGCAGCCCAGGGCAUGAUGUGCUCCUGGUAGGAUUCUCUGGUUAUCAGCAUCAGCAGUCCUUGUCUCAGCACGUCUUUGAAGACUCGAUAAGAGAAUAGUUAAAGAGUUAAGGAAAGUGUUUAACUCUUUUUUUAAUUUUGAACAAACAAGGUUUAAUUAAUUAUUUCGUACGUUUGCAGUUAUUAUUCCAAGCAGAGACUGAUAAAAAUGCAGUCUUUUAAGGGCAAAGUACUAGGAAGAAAAUAAAAUUAAGUCAGAUGGCUUAAAAUUGAGGACAUUUUAUAGGCUGAAAAGAACAAAAUAUGUUGGAAAUUUAGAUGUGUAGAAGACAAAGGACAGUCAUCCUGAGAUGAUUAAGGGUAGGAAGGAGUACAUUUCUGAGAUUUUAAUUAGUAACUAAUACUGAGAGGUCUUGUAGUACAGUGCUUAGGAGCACAGAUUCCAAAGCCAGACUUUCCAGGUUUGUAUAUCAGCUCUACUACUUAACCGGUUGGAGCCCUGGUGAUGCAGUGGUUUAAGACCUCAGCUGCUAACUAAAAGGUUGGCAGUUCAAAUCUACCAACUGUUCCAUGGAAACUCUGUGGGGUGGUUCUACUCUGUCCUAUAGGGUUGCUAUGAGUCAGAAUCGACUCAGUGGCAACGGGUUUGGUUUGGUUUGAUUUACCUACCAGUUGAUUGAGUUUGAACAAAUUUCAGCCUUCAUCCACUCAUCUAUAAAAUGGGCAUAAUAAUAGUACUUACUUCAUAGGGUCGUUAAUGAGAAUUAAAUGAGAUAAAAGAACCUGGCACAUAAUAACGUUUUAUAUAUGUGUUAGCUAUUAUUGUUAUUGUUUUAUGCUACGGGCGGUUUCAUCUUGCU